AUGUCGUUCUCACUGGUUGCUUUCACCCUCCCUCGGUCUGCAGCCCAGCAUGACACCGUCACCAAAAAGUCCAAGCCGGUCCGAGCUAUUUCAGUUUUGCAGCUACUACAGAGGCUGCAGCGACAGCGCUGCGAUGUGACGCCGACGGAGGCUCAGCAGGUACUCGCAUCUUUCCAGAUGUCCCAGCAAUGGCAACAUGCGAUACAUGUCCUCCGUUCCUUUCAGUGUGCAGACAGCAUCAACUACGGUGCCGUCCUCAAUGCUUGUGCCAGAAGCCGCAGAUGGGUUGCGGCAUCGGCACUGGCUUUGAACUUGAAGCAGGUGGGACUGGAAGUGAAUGCAGUCGUGGAGAAUACGGUGAUCGACAGCUUCGCACCACUCUCUUGGGAGAGGCCGUUGGAGAAACUCAUGGCGAUGCGGCAGCAAGGAAUCAGCUACAAUCGUGCAAGCUUUGGGUCUGCCUUCUCUGGCUCGUCUUGGCAGAAGGUGAUGGCGAUGCUCAGAGUCGCGACAGGACUCGACCUCCAGCCAGAUGUGAUCACUUUGGGUUCAGCUUUGCGCUCGUUUUCGGAGCGCUGGAGAACAUGCUUGGACUUCCUCCUACGCAUGAGAACUGCCACCUCCCGACCCAACAAGGUUUGCUUGACCUCUGCGACAGGCUCCGCAGGCUCCUGUGAAAACUGGCAGCAUGCGCUGUCGAUAAGUUUCCGUGGCAGAGACGGACUGGACGAUGUUGGCUUAAGUUCUUUGAUUCUGGCAUGCAAAGCCGUGUGGCAGACGGGAGUUCAACUUUUGGCAGAUGCACGCAAGUGUCCGCGAAACAAGCUUCUGGACGAGGGCGGACCUUUGGCGGGAUGCGUGCAGGCUUGCUCCCGGCAAAGGCAGUGGAAGACUUCGCAGCAGUUGCUUUCAGUCAUGCAGCACUACUCGCUGCGCAAGGAUCUCUCUGCCUACGCUGCUGGUUUUCCGGUAGCCCUCACGUCCGUGUGGUCGGCAGUCGUGCAGGCUGUGCAAGAUGCCAGAAGCUGCGGAUUUUCGUCACAACACCUAUGCAGCUGGUCUUCCAUGUUGCUACUUAUCAGAGACUUGGGCGCCGAAGGAUCGUGGAGCACAGCUCUCUCGAGCAUUGAUGCAUUGAAUCGCGGGCUGUUCCCCUCUAAUUGUGCAAGGAGUCUUGCCCAAGGCAUGUGUGAGCAACGUUGCUGGUCGCACGCCUUGGCUUUAUGCGAGUCUGGUGCCAAAGAGGCUCCCAGCAUACCGACUUUGAAUGCUGCUUUGUAUGCAUGCCGAGCCGGUGGCAAGUACGAACUGGGCCGGAGCCUGCUGGAGCGUAUGAGAGGGAUGAUGGAAGAGAACACGGAGAACUUCACCGUCAGCUUCAACCUUCUUUUGAAGCUCUGCGGGGAAGACGAGAAGCUCUGGCAGGAAGCCUUGGGCCUGCUCGGGGAGAUGUCCCGCUUGCAGGUCAGGAAGACAGAAGCAACUUUUACAGCGGCUUGCCGAGCUUUCCAGGGCGACCGCUGGCCCUGGGCCUUGUGGCUUCAAGCGUGUUUUGGGGAGCUUGCCGUCCAGGCCGUCCCUGUCCGAACUGCCCUGAUCCACGCCUUGGGAAAGGGCGCGCAGUGGCAGUGGGCUCUUCUUCAGCUCUCUAAGAUGUCAGAUCCUGAUCUGAAGGCCUACGGUGCAGCACUUACUGCCUGCGAAAGAGGCUGUGAAUGGCAGAGGGCUUUCCUUGUCUUCCAGUUAGCUCAGCAGCUGCACUCGGCCGACCUCCUCUUGUUCAAUGCGGCCAUCAGCGCUGCGGAUAAAGCGGAAAACUGGAGACUGGCUCUGGCACUGAUGACGGAACUUGAAGCGAAGCUACAGCCUGAUGAGAUCACGCUGACUGCUGUAAUCAGUGCCUGCUCGAGAGGGGCCCAGUGGCAGUGGGCACUCGCGGUUUUGGCAGAGCUUCCCUCAAGAAGAAUUAGCCCCGCCACGGGCGCUUCCUGUUCUAUCGCCUUCAACUCUGCGAUCAGUGCAUGUGAGAGGAGCUCUCAGUGGAUCCGGGCCCUGGCACUGCUUCAGGACAUGCUCAGGGAAAGCCUGCCGGUCGACGACAUCACUUUCAAUUCAGCGAUCAGUGCAUGCGAAAAGGGAGAGCUGAGAGCCUGA